AUGAAUUUCACGUUCAGAGUAAACACUCUUACGCCCCCCAAAGCUGACAUAGACGCGCCCUUUCCCAUCUACCGCGCUAGGCGGUCCAAGAAGACGCUGGACGACCUCCCUUUUGACAUACUCGUCGACCACAUCCUCUCCCUCCUCGACGUCAAGGACGUGCUGUCUCUCCGCAGGACGAACAAGUUCUUCAGCACCCUAACGCAAGAGGCCGCCAUCUGGAAACGCCUCCUCGAGCAGCACCGUGGCCCGCGCCCGCCCCUACCGCCGACAGCUCGUCACUCCCUCGGGCAGAUGCACGCCUUCGAAGCCGAGCGCCAGCUCUCGCGCGCGCUCACCUUCACGCGCAACUGGGCCUCCCCCGAGCCCACGCCCUACGACACGUACUCGUUCGACACGCACUUUCGCGUGCACAACAUGACGAUCCUGCCCGGCGGACACUUUCUUGUGGCGUCGGUGUCGACGAAGGGCCGGACCAAGUUUGAGGUUGUGCUGUUCGCGCUGGAUUAUCGGAGCAAGGGACGGCAGGCGUACCCGCUCGCUACUGUUUCUGUCAAGACAAAGGCGUACGACAUGCAGGCGAAGUACAUGUAUAUAGGUGAGGAACAUGGCAUCGCGAUUAGUUAUACGCGGAGACAGAACCCCAAGCAUCGUCCUGGCCCCGACCCCUCGAUUCUAUCCGACAAGUACGAAAUCGACGAGCGCAUGAACUACGAGACAGUCGUGACCUUCAUAUCGCUCACCACGCUUGAGACCCUCGCCGACAUUCAACCGCAAUUCCGCCCUGGCACCAACGAGUACCGCCUGUACAUCGAACACCUGCCCGCGCCCUUCAAGCGGAUCGCCGUCAUCCGCUCGCGGUCCCCACUAUGCUGCCCGUCCCUCGAGUACCUCAACGGAAUGGCGUACCUUUGCAUCGUACGACGGCCCGGGACGCUCAUGUACAAAAACCUAGAGCGGGAAGAGAACAGUGCGCACUGCUUCGGCUGCCUGCCUUCGAACACCCCGGAAGACCACGACCACACCAUCCUCGCGUACCGCAACCUCCCCUUCGAGCGCAAAGUGAUCGUCGUCAAGCGCUUCCUCCGGCGCGCGCUAGACGCCGCGGGCAAGGAGAUCGACACGCCCAUGAUGUCCAUCGAGCUCUACCACCCACUGUACGACUGGGACCUCGACCGCGACGCGCUCGACGGCUACUCCUUCGAGCACGCCGUGCGCAGCGUGCACAUCGCCGAGCCGCAGCUGCCCUACUUCGGCGAUGACGCCGCGCGCCGGCAGGCAGGCUCGGGCGCGUUCCUCCGGCCGCCGGUCAUCUCCAUCUACUGCCGCGGCGCGAACCCCGACCGGUUCCUGCUCAUGGAGUGCACGCCGCGCAUCGUGGAUAUCGACCGCGAGUGGGAGCUGUACAAGAAGAUCAAGGAGGUCCAGUGCAAGGCGGGCGACUGGCGGGCGAGGUUGUACCUACCGCACUUCUACGACCUCGACCUGAUGAACCCCGUCGCGGAGUUCCAGUACCCCGAGGCGUUCGGCACGGCGUUCGUCCUCCCGGGCAAUGGGCGCGCGGCGCUGUGGGCGGUGCCCGCGGACGACCGCACGGACGCGCCGAAGCUCAUCAGUAUCUGGAGCUUCAUUCGGUCCGAGAACGACGCGGACCUCCUACCGCGGGAACAGGAAGACGCAGAGUGGCCCGCGCGGAAGCCAGAUGGGACGCGCAGGGACUGUUUUAUGCCUGUCGUGCUGGAGGAAGAGGUCCGCAACAGGUUUGAGAGGGGUGUGCAGGCUAUGGCGUGGGAUGAGAGUAUUGGGCGGCUCUGUGUCUGCGCGGCGGAGAGCUCUGAGAUUUACGUGCUGGAUUUUGCGAAAAACGUGAAAGACGACUAUGAAAGUCAGUCGCUAGGACUCUCCUCUCCUUUGGACCCUGGACUUUUGGACAUGGCUGCAAUCAUCGUCACUUAA